CUGACCGAUCCCCACUUGACUGCGGAGAUUCCCCUUCGCGUUCUCCGACUUCCCCAUCUGGACCAUCUCACAACUUGAUCGGAUCGCCCCAUAUCAGCCCUCUAUCACCACAAGAGGGCGCAGAAUCUAGUCGAGACGGCUCAGGAUACAGUGGAGGAUGAAAGGGAUUCACAAUCGAUGGGCGUAAUACGGAAGAAGACCGCCUCGCGCGGCACGGAAGCUGGGACCAAGUACCAUUGCGAUAUCUGUUCGGUGGACGUGACUUCAACGGUUCGUGUAUCGUGCGCCCACCCCACCUGCCAUGAGUACGAUCUCUGCGUUCCUUGUUUUGCUGCCGGAGAGAAGUCCAAGAACCAUGACCCGUCCUCACAUCCGUUCCAAGUGAUUGAGCAGAAUUCGGUUCCGAUCUUCCAGGAAGAUUGGGGAGCGGAUGAGGAACUUUUGCUGUUAGAAGGCGCGGAUAUUUAUGGGUUGGGGUCAUGGGCCGAUAUCGCAGAUCAUAUCGGUGGUUACCGAACCAAGGAGGAAGUACGAGAUCACUAUAUCGACACAUAUAUCGACAGUCCGAAUUUCCCAUUACCCGAACGCGCCGAUCCGGAUGACACGCGACUAUCCGACUCGAUCUCCAAGGAAGAGUUCCAGUCCCGCAAGAAGCGUCGCAUCGAGGAGCGCAAGGAGGCGGCCAAAGCAGCUCCUCCGACGACACCAAAACAAAAACCUACUGCCAGUGUUCCGGCUUGUCACGAAGUGCAAGGUUAUAUGCCUGGUCGUCUCGAGUUCGAGACGGAAUUUAUGAACGAUGCGGAAGAAGCAGUGCAACAUAUGACGUUCGAACCGGGCGCUGGUGAAACGGCCAACGGUGAAACCGACGCAGAGAUGGAGCUGAAGAUGACGGUAGUCGACAUCUACAACUCACGCUUGACCGCCCGAACGGAGCGCAAGAAAGUUCUGUUUGAGCACAACUUACUUGAAUACCGCAAGAACACGGCAUUGGAGAAGAAACGCACCAAGGAGGAAAGGGAUCUACUAAACAAAGCGAAGCCGUUUGCUCGAAUGAUGAACCAUGAUGACUUUGAGGAGUUCAACAAGGGCUUAGAGUAUGAGCACAAUCUACGGUUAGCCAUCACACAACUGCAGGAGUGGCGACAGAUGGGGAUUGGAGACCUUAAAGGGGGAGAAAAAUACGAGCAAGAGAAACAACAACGCGCCCAGAGACUCGUGCCACAAGGGUCCUUUGAUCGGUUCGCCAGCACACGACCGAAGCAGUCACAGCAACCUGAAGGCCCCUCUGCAGCCAGCCAGCUAACCACACCCGAGCUCCCUUUGCGGUUACAAAAGGCAUCCGGCGCAAACAAGGCACCGGAGCCGGUCAACCAACCGAUGAACGACUUCGACCGAGCAUUUGCAAGCAACGGAGACGGCCUCACGACGCCGCAGCCAGCCAAGACGAAGUUCGUAGUCCAACCGCUCAACGGGGUCAUUCCAUGGAAACUAGAGAACGACGGUGCACCCGACCUCCAUCUCUUAACCAAGGAAGAGGUGGAAGUAUGCAACGUGCUACACGUCCAGCCCAAGCCCUAUCUAGUAAUCAAGGAAACCCUCCUUAAAGAAGCAAUGAAACAGGGAGGAAGCUUGAAAAAGAAGGACGCGCGAACUAUCUGCAAGAUCGAUGCGACCAAAACGGGCCGAAUUUAUGAUUUUAUGGUGCACAGCGGCUGGAUCAACAAGGCAUAGUCCAAGUGAUGAAUGAAUCGACAGUUUUAUAUCCAGGGUGUCAAUGGAACGGAGUUGGGCGUUGCCGGGGUGGUAUAAGUGUAGAGCAUCAGAAAGGCUUGAAGCGGGCUUUAUUUUUACUUUUUUCACCCUUGUCAUCAAGAACUAAUUUUGAAUACACAAACACAUACAACACUCUGAGCGAGUCCCUAAACUUCAAUACCCAUCUACUAACAAUAGUAGUCAAUACUAGUCCCAA